CACAAAAGAAUUCAAUUCAAUGAGAUUAUAACUUAACGUGAUAUUUUUAAAACACGUGUCCGUUCACGAGGUCUAGGUUAUGCAAGUAUGUUAUGAAACAUUUAAAUAUAAACAAGACCAUUAAACAUUUGUAUAACAGUCUGAAGCAACUUUUGACAAGUCCACAAGAAUAUGGAUCGCAUUACCUAUGUUGUGUUGCUGGUAGCGGCAUGUGUUAUGUACGCUGUGGCAACCAUCUUUAAUUCACUAUCGGGAGGCGGCCCAAAUGCAAUUUUUAAAAGCAAUACUGGAGACAUAUCUGACAAAUACUACCAAGAAGUUACACCAGCAGGUUGGACGUUCAGCAUCUGGGGUGUGAUAUAUAUAUGGCAAACAUUAUGGCUAAUUUACGCAAUAGUCAAUAUAUUCCGGAAGACCGAAUUAGGAUUCGUAUUCAACAACCCAGAAUUGAUGUCAGCGCCAUUUUUCGUUGUAUUUACGAUCAACAUGGGUUUGAAUCUAGCCUGGAUAUUUCUGUUUGAUAGACAAUAUUUGGAGCCAUGUCUAGCGAUUUUGUUUCUAAUGUACGUUACUCUUUACAUGUGUCUGUUCUUAAGCUACAGAGCGUUGGAUCAAAAUCUUCAGAGCCUUCAAAAGCAGGAAAGGAAAGCAGAUAUUUGGUUAACCCGAAUAUUGGUCCAAAAUGGAUUAUCCGUUUACGCCACGUGGUGUACAAUUGCAACAAACCUCAACUUAAGCAUGGUACUCAUAUAUAGAUCUGCGUUGGACGUAUCAGUUCAUGAUGGCGGAACUGUAGCUCUUUCAGUUAUUGCUGCACAGAUCCUUGUAUUUGUUGUAUUAGACUUUUUCGUUUGGGACAGAUACACGCGAUACACUUUAACACCAUACUGUGUAGUCAUUGUUGCUCUGAUUGGAAGUUUGACCAAAAACUAUUCUGAGGGUAACAGAAACUCAAUUUUCACCAUCGUUUUGUUGUCAAUAGCCGGUGCUAUUUUUAUUAUCAAAAUAAUUCUUACAAUAGUGAGACACGUCAGAAAUCCAUUGAAGGGCAUGGUUAUCUCCGAAACAAAAGAAAAUUUAAAGAAUCAAGUUGUCUGAUUUUAUCCUCAAAAUGUUAAGGCAUUAUGCAUAAUAUUGACUGAACUAAAAUUUUAGGAUUGUCAUUUUACGCAAAUCCUGGUGCUAACGAAGUAUCAACUGUGAUUGAUCAGAUACCUCUAUUUUCGUAUGAAGAACAAAAAUUGUGUACUGUUGAAUGUAUGGUUUUUUUCAAUAAUUUUUAUAGUUAAUUUAGUAACUGAAUAAAGAAUUGUGUACUUUCUA